UUAGGUGGUCAGAAACACAACUCCCAAUUAAUGACAAUGUUGCUCCGUAACUGCUGGAUGUUUAAAUAAGCAACUGUUUGGUGGCAAGUUACAACUUAAAACAUGAGGAUAUGAUAUAUUUUGUGUUCAUAACUUGUUUCUGCUGUCCUUUAAAUUCACAGUGAAAUGGAAGUUAGAGCAUCUUUAUCUUCUGUAAUGUAACAGAUUUCCGAGUGAAACGGAAUGUGUGGGCAGGGUGUAGUUACAGAAGGAAUUAGGAAGAAAUCAAAUCUUUCCGAUGUGAUUGGAUUGAAAGUUGGGGAAUACAUAUGGUCUAUAGUGAGAAACUGACCUGUAGAAGACUGUUGACAUCCACCCACACCUGUUGUUAGACCAGGAGAAGAGGACGAAGGAGAAAUUAAUACACUGGACCUCAACCAUAUUCUUUGGAAAUGUAAACAACGUUUUUGCCAACUGAAAUCCAAACACACACCUCCUACUGUGAUAUUACUCUGCUAGCAACUAUCAGAGGCUCUCUUUGCCACUGUGGCAUUAAUACCUACAAGCUGAUGUUCAAGUGCGGUUUAUGGUGGGCGGGGUUAGCUGCAGUCACUCCAAAUCACGCUUGACAUGAUACAUUUCUGUAACGCCCCAGAGUUUAAGAUAAGUCAUCAAAACUAUUUUUAAGUUUCACAGGAAGAGAAAGGAGAGAUAAAAAUAUUCAAAAAGGAUUUCUAACCUUUAUUUAGCAUCUAACAAGAGAUAACUGAACACAGGGAUGUAGGAUUUGAACUUGUAAAAUAUAUUUUUUAUCUCACUGUGUCUUUAAACUGGUAUAUGCAUUUUGACAAGUCCACACAUUUUAUAUGCCCUCUGUGAUCAGUAUAUGAAUUGAUGAAGCCUUUAGAACUUGUAUAUCAGGGCGUCCAGUGUCUGUCCAGUGUUUUAAAUGCCUAAAUAGACAUAGAGACAAAAUAGAUACAUAGGUAAUAUGUCAGUAGGUAGCCAUUUUCAUAUGUCUUCAAAUUCUGGUAGAAGCAAGUUUUUUCAAUAUGUAUGGAAAUUACUCCAUAUGGUGCCUAUCAAAUCUAGUAUUUAAUAAUAUGUUUAUUACAGGUGGCACAGUUCCAAAACACAGGGAAUCCCCCAAGAGAUUAAACCCAGUCUGGGACUAAGAACCUCUAUCCCUUCUCUUACCCUCCCUCACUGUGGGGUUUACUCCAUCUUUACCCCUCUCUGUUCACUCAUCGUCCACCGCUCUCAUUCUUCCGCUCCCCGCCUUCCCUGUUCCCACCUCUCCCCGGCUGUGAUGUCCUUGAGGGCCGGGCUGAAGCUCCCAUAAAGCCUGCAGUAAAUGGCUCUAAUCCGGUAAUAAAUGGCUGUGUCCUACAGACAAGGGUGUGAGGCUGCUGCAGCCAUGGCUUUAUCAGAUGGAAUGGUGGAGCUGACCGGCAGCAGUGUGUUUGACUACAUCCACCCAGCAGACCACGUCGAGAUGGCUGAGCGGCUAGGAAUUAGGCCCCAUCUGAGGGCCGAGGCCGGCUGCCUCACGGCCCCUGAGAGUGCUUCCAGCUCCGCAUCCACUUCCUCCCUGGCUGGUACUCCUGAACCUGCUCCGUCUAGUCCUCAUUCUCCUGCUGACGAUCCUCCCGAUCGCGGCUUCUUCAUCCGCAUGAAGUCCACGCUCACCAAAAGAGGCCUGCAUGUCAAGUCUUCUGGAUACAAGGUAAUCCAUGUGACAGGACGAAUCCGCUGCCGCCCUGCACUUGUGCCAGGCUCCACACGCUCAGUGCGUCGACCAAUGGGUUUAGUUGCACUGGCGCACACACUCCCGCCCUCCACGCUUAAUGAGGUCCGCAUGGAGAGCCAAAUGUUUGUCUUUCGAGUGAACAUGGACCUACAGGUCACAUAUUGUGAGAACAGGAUCUCAGAGUAUAUGGAUCUGACCCCAGCAGAGGUUGUGGGACAAACCUGCUACCACUUCAUCCAUGUAGAAGACCUGGAAAACCUCCGGCAGAGCCAUGAGGACUUGCUGAGGAAAGGCCAGGUGGUGACCGGUUACUACCGUUGGCUCCAGAGGAGAGGAGGCUACCUGUGGAUUCAGUCCACCGCCACUGUCUCCAUCAACCACAAAGCCCCCCACGAACGCAACGUCAUCUGGGUCAACUAUGUCCUCAGUCGAACAGAGUUGCCCGACACUCCGCUGGAUCUGCUGCAGCUACCAGAGAACGUAAGAGCAGAGCGACUUCGAGUUAGCUCGACCCCCACCGACGGCUCCCCACAGGCCCGAGGCUCGCAGCCAGUGAAGAGCUCAGUGGGGAAGAGUGACCCCGAAACUAAAGGCAGAGACAAAUUCACCGCCACUGCCAUCCAAUCGGAGGACAGGAGGAAGCGCCUGCCGAGGUCCGACCCCGAAGGCGCUCCUCCCGAAACCCGGCGCAGACUGGAAGGGCUCCGUCACGCAGAGGAGAGUGUAUCAGCGUCCUCUGACCUGGCGAGUGAAAGCGAGGGGGAGGAGGAGGAAGAGACGGAGUGGGACCAGGGGGGAGACAGUGACAGAUUGAAACAGGAAGACGGCGGGGGAGGAGGUAAACAGAGUAGGGGGGGGGACACCCCCACUAGAGGGGAGAGGGGGGGCAGGGUGCACAACGGCCGGGCUGUGAUCCAGCAGCUGAAGAGCGUAGUGACCCCGUCUCCCCUGCCUGGCAGCCCCAGUAUCAAGACUGAACACGAAGCCCUGACCACCGGGGGGCGCUGGGGGUCACACACACAAACCUCCACCUCACACACACACACCACCCAGCCCCAACCCUCACAUGCGCACACACCCUCCAGCAGCCUCAACGGCGACAGCCCCACCACCCCGAUCCCCGACUCUUCUUCCAGCAGUGAGGCCCCCCCAAAAGGGCUUUUCACUCCCCCAUCCCCGGCUUUGUCUCCCGCCAUGUCCGUGUCCUCCCCGCUGCCCCGUGAUGAGAGGGCUGUGUCGGUCAGUCGGAGCAGUGGUGGUGCAGGUGGUGGUCCUGACUUUGAGCUGCUCCAGAGACUGGCUGCAGGCGGCGCAGCGGGGCGGGUCCUCUUCCACCCCCUUGCCCUCGGCCCGCAGGGCCCUCAGAGCCUCUACGCUCCCAGCACUAUCCGCUACGCUCCACCUGAGCUGCCCCCCUCCCACCACCACAGCGUGGGACACAGCGAUGGCCUGCAGCUACGCUCGGACCACCACAAGGGACCCGCGCCAGCCUUCUUCCCCCACCUACAGCGGUUGGCCGGCUUGCCACCCUUCAGUGGUUUCUCCCCAUCUGAUAGCCCUUUCUCCUCCGGCCUGCCCUUCUGUAUGAAUGGACUAAGGGGGGCUGCAGGCUCUGAGGAGGACUGAGACUCAGAGGGGAGGAGGUGAGAGGAGAAGAUAAAAAUGAAGGACGAAGCGGAGUGACAGAUCAAAAAGAGAGACAUUGAAAAGGGCAGGAGAGACAGAAGUGGCAGGGCAUUAAGCCUCUAAGGACGUUACUAAUUGGACAAUGAGUUGAAUAACUGCAAUCUAAAAUAUGUGACAAGUCGCUGCCAUGGGGAAUUAUUGUGUCUGCCUGUUGUGGACAAGUGACAGUGACUCUCAGAGAAAAUGAGACAUGGAAACUUUUGACUGGUUGUCCCUCAAGACUUUGUGUCUCUACAACAAUAAUGAACUCUGCUCUGUGUCUUUCUCUAGAUGACUGUGUUGAUUUCUGUGUCUCUUCCACUCAGAGAAGCCAUAUUGUAUAUAGAGACAAAACCAUAAAGACCCUCAGCUCACAUCCUCCUCACUGUCACUCCAAUUAACCCAAUUAACCCUAAAGCCAGUAGAAAAAGAUGGACACUUGUCUGUAGGAAUGAAAGUGACUUUGGAAUUUACAUUUUUAUUAUUGCAGUAUUAUACAAAUCAUCUCUUACACUGAGAUCCAGGUGAGAAUUUGAUUACAGGGGUUCCCUUAAAAUAGAUGGAGACAACCCUCUGGUGUUUUUGUAUUGAGAUUCAAAAUAAUAAUAAUAAAAAUAAUCCAAGUAUUCAUCAGUCAGCCAUACUUAAAGCACACUGUUGGGACAAAAAUAUGAAUAAUGUAGUCCCAGACAUUCCAUUAUGUAUAAGGGAAGAAAAUGCAAUGCAGACAGGAUGCUAUUUCUGUUGUUUGAUUAUAGGAAGGUCAUUUGUUUAACUGAGAAUUAAUUAUAGUAUAUUCUGUAUGAUGCUGCAGUUGUGUUUGUGUAUGAAAGCCAUAUUCUUGUUUGUUUAUUUUUUAAAAUCUUUAUCUUUUUUUGUUUUAUUUUUCUGAUUUUUUUUUCACCAGAUAAAACAAAUGAAAGGAUGGUGUGAAAAUGUGUCUACAGAUGACAGAUGUACGAUAUCAUCCAAAUACCUUUAUUAUUAUUAUUCUCUAAAAAAGAUAUUUCUGAAAAUGUUUUUAGGAGGGGAAAUGGUGCUGGACAGAAGUGUUUAUUAUCAUUUAAACCGGUGUUUUUCUGAGCACUUCUGAAAUUUGUUCUGGUGUGAACUCAAAGCACCUCAUCACUUAACACUCACUGCUUGAACCUGUUAAAACAGAAAACAAUGCAAGAGAGGUCACUAAUAUCAUAGCCUGACCACAGUGUAGUAGAGGGGAUAAAUGGUCAUUUAAAAAGGCAGAUAAAGAAACAGACCACAUGUGGUCAUUAAAAGGUGACCAUUAGAGGUCAAUAAAAAUAACCAGAAUUAUUCUGAUAUUGGUUUCAGUUCAAUUUAGUCAACUGGAAAUUAAGUUUUAAAUUCAAAAGUAGAAAUAUAAAACACUUUACAUUUCUGUUUCACACUGAUUGGUUGGAAUCCUUCUCAGGACUGAAAUGCAAUACUGAAAACAAAUACAGUAAUUAGUGCACAGAAUAUUUAAUCUCACAUUUCAGCUGGAGUCACAAACAAUUUGGUGGUUGUCUAAAAGAUACUCAAACAAUUGAGAAUCUUCAUUCCAAAAUGUAAUAUUUAAUAUUUACAAUGUGACACUUUUUGACAAAAUGUUGGUAUCAGUACAGCCAAACGCAUUAUUAUUUUUUUUAAUAAUAAUAAUCAAUGAUAUAAACACUCAGAAAUGAACUCUAGCACUUAAAGUCCUUCAAAUUGAUCUGUCAUACAAAUUUAUAUAAUCUGUUGAAAACAAAGUCUUCAAAAUGAUGCCAUAAUGCCAGACACUGUAUGUAUGUUGUUUUUGUUUUGCUUCCAGAUUGAGAUUAUGGUCGACUGUUUGAUCUGAAGGAUCAGUUUCUGUGGAAAUCUCUGAUGUUUGACAGGAAAAAAAAGAGAAAAAAAGUCUAAUUGUUCAGAUCCAAUGUGCACUACACACCCAUACUGUAGCUGUCAUAUACAAAUAUGUGUGAGCGCACAUUCUCGGGUGUUUAAUGGUAUAAUGUGUGCGUAUGAUUGUGUGCGUGUGCGCUCGCUUGUACAAGUGUGUAUGUAUUUUUUAUUGUUUUUUUUGGUUGAAUUAAAUAGCUAACCCCGUGCCCAUCACUGUGAAGCUAAUGUUAUCCUCCCAUCUUUGUGAAUACUCCACCCACUCAUCAAAUAAAAUGAACAAAUGUAAAAAGAAACAGUGAUACAGAUGACGAUAACAAUAAAAUAUUCCAGUAGAGGAGCACAACUCAA